CGAAUUAUCAACAUCAACUUUAACCUCUCUUUAUGAAUCCGUUUCAUCGUACUUUCUUAUCGGUUCGGUAACCAGUCACAAAAGAUUUUUUUAUGUAAAAGUUGUGCACAAUGUUUAAUAAAUUGCUUCUGUUGUUGUUAAUAAAUGGCCUCGUCGCGGCGGACCCUGCAACCGGGGUUUCUAGGUUUAAAAGACAAGUCAAAGUUAGCAUUGAGGAAGAUAACAGGAUAAUAGAAGUGUUUAAUAAUUGCAGAUGUGUUUUUCAUUACCAGUGUAGCUCUAAUAAUACCGUCGUUACGAACGGUAAAAAUUUAAUUGAUAUAAGAAUAAACGAAAAUCCCUCUUACGAUAAACGAAACGAAACAUUGAUAUGCAAGGGCGGGAAAUUCGAUGGCGAGAUAAUAUGUUGCGGAACAAACUCCAUCACAACUACCAAUGACACUAGCACGAACCCGAGAUCUCCAGAUGUAAUCAUCGAUGCACCAGAUACCUCAAAUCCUUCAAAGCACAUGUGCGGUACACAAAGAACCAAAAUCAAUGUCAGGAUUUCCACGGAUGACGAAAAUUCCAUCGACGGAGAGUUUCCAUGGAUCGCCGCCAUUUAUAAGAAGAAGAAAAAUGGUAACAGGUGGGACUUCCAUUGUAGUGGAACUUUGAUUAAUCCCAAAGUUAUUUUGACGGCUAAUCAUUAUUUUCAUAGGAAGAAUCCCGAAGACUUCAAGGUCAUCUUAAAUGGCAACAUCGAGUUACCAAAAUUGGGAAACGAUAUAGAACAUGAAAGAAAUUUGAUAGAAAUCGUCCACCAUCCACAGUAUUACGGUGGAGCACUCUACAAUGACGCGGCCUUACUAAUCUUAGACAAGCCCAUGGAGUCGAGCAAGACUAAUUCUAUAAAUAGUAUUUGUUUGCCUCCCGAUGAGGUGAUAGAUAGUGGUAGGUGUUUGGUCGCCGGUUGGGGGAAAGGAUCAGAAGAAGAUGGUAUUCCAAUCCUCAAAAAAGUCGAAGUCCCCCUACUGAACUUCAACAGAUGUCAGAACCUCUUGCGUAAAACCAGAUUAGGAGCCAGUUUCGAUCUUCACAACUCCUUCAUGUGCGCAGGCGGUGAAAAAGACAGAGACGCCUGCAAAGGAGACGGGGGAAGCCCCCUCAUGUGUACUCUACCAUCCAGUAACAGAUACUAUCAUGCUGGAAUUGUGUCUUGGGGAAUUGGUUGCGGACAAGAAGAUGUACCAGGGGUUUAUGCCAGUACUACCAAAAUGAAGAAUUGGAUAUUGGAGGAACUUAGAAAGAGGAAU